UUAAAUAUGGAAAAUAUAGUGAUUUUUUUCUUUUCCAUUUUGGUAGGAAUUGGAAUUGGAGUGCUCUAGGGUUUCCUGUAUUAGUGAUGGGCGCCAAUCGUUGAACGUCGCCAACAUCACGUUCACAUAUUCAUUCACGUCAAAAGUUUGUUCCUUUUUUGGUUUUCUUCUCUAAUUACUAUAAUCAUAAUCACUGUUCGUCAACGAUAUCCUCCAAAGGAUUAUACCCAUAGCAUGUUCUCUUCUUUCCCAGAUAUCAGAUGCAUAAACAUAUAAGGAAAGCUGCUCGAUUGUUUCUUCGAGGUCACAGAAGUGGACACCUGGAAGUGGGUAGACAUGGGGUGAUUGUCACAGCUGGACACAACAUCCACCAAUACAGGUCCUACAUGCAAUAUAAGUUUCCUGGUGAAGCACGUCGGUCAUUGUUGUGGUAUGGGACAUAUGGGAGCUUUCAUAAAUGUUAUUCUCUUAGGAAUACUUCAGUAAUCUCAGCAAGAAAUGCGACGACACUUAAUAAUGCUCAAAUUGCCUGGAAAUCACUGUACAGAAAGUAUUGUUCCAGUCGUGACACACUUCCCACCAUAAAUACGAUUGCUCAGGCUGUGAGCCUUGCCUUUUCUCGUUAUUAUUUUCUUGUCCCUGGCAUUUUUGCGCUUACAUGUGGAGAGCUUGCAUUGGCUCGGGGAAAUUGGGUAGAUGCAGAUCGCUACCAAUCACAGAAUGCUCUGUAUGUUCGUGCACAAGAUGGGUACAAUUACAUGUUUGCUUUUACAUACCUUGUAGUUGAAGGAAUUGUCCUAUUACUUAGAGCUCUAUAUCUAGCCAUAUUAUUCUCUCCAAGUAUCGUGAUGGCACCAUUUGCAGACUAUCUUGGACCAAAAUACAGGGAAUUGUGGCUCCAGGUCGUUCAUCGUACGCUAGAAAAGUCAGGUCCAGCAUUCAUAAAAUGGGGUCAGUGGGCAGCUACACGGCCUGAUCUGUUUCCACGAGAUCUAUGCUCUAAGCUUUCAGAACUUCAUUCCAAAGCUCCUGAGCACAGCUAUAACUACACAAAGAAAACUAUAGAAAAAGCAUUUGGCCGAAAAAUUUCUGAGAUUUUUGAAAACUUUGAAGAAUUGCCUGUCGCAUCUGGAAGCAUUGCCCAAGUGCAUCGUGCUAAAUUAAAAUAUCGUUAUCCUGGUCAACAAGGAAACCUCAUGGAUGUAGCUGUAAAGGUUAGACAUCCUGGUGUGGGAGAAUCAAUCAGAAGAGAUUUUGCUAUCUUAAAUUUGGCAGCAAAACUUUCAAACUUCAUCCCUGCCCUAAAUUGGCUAAGGUUAGAUGAGAGUGUGCAACAGUUUGCAGUUUACAUGAUGUCUCAAGUUGACCUUGCAAGGGAAGCUGCCCAUUUGAGCCGUUUUAUAUACAAUUUCCGUCGCUGGAGGGAUGUUUCUUUCCCUAAGCCUGUCUAUCCGCUGGUGCAUCCUGCUGUAUUGGUAGAAACGUAUGAGAAGGGGGAAAGUGUAUCGCAUUAUGUUGAUGAUCUUCAAGGACAUGAAAGGAUUAAGUCUGCUCUUGCUCACAUUGGGACUCAUGCACUCUUGAAGAUGCUUCUGGUGGACAACUUCAUUCAUGCAGACAUGCAUCCUGGAAAUAUCCUUGUCCGAGUGUCUCAGAGCAAUUCUCGGAAACGGCUCUUCAAAUCAAAGCCUCAUGUAAUUUUCCUUGAUGUAGGCAUGACUGCUGAAUUGUCUGGCAGUGAUCGGGUUAAUUUAGUGGAAUUUUUCAAAGCUGUUGCACUCCGAGAUGGCCGAACUGCUGCACUAUGUGCACUCAGUUUAUCAAAACAACAGAACUGCCCAAAUCCAAAUGCUUUUAUUGAGGAAGUAGAAGAGGCAUUUACAUUUUGGGGCACUCCAGAAGGUGAUCUGGUUCAUCCUGCCGAGUGCAUGGAGCAAUUACUUGAGAAAGUUCGGCGUCAUAGAGUUAAUAUUGAUGGCAAUGUAUGUACCGUCAUGGUGACGACUUUGGUUCUUGAGGGUUGGCAGCGAAAGCUUGAUCCUGGAUACAACGUGAUGCAGACGCUGCAGACGUUGCUACUUAGAGCUGAUUGGGCAAAGUCUCUUUCUUACACAAUUGACGGACUCAUGGCUCCUUGAAUAGGUUGUGUUUGUUGAGGUUCAUUUCUUAGGAAACAAUUUUGACAAAGAUAAAAACAUCACCUGUCCUAGGGUGGUGUCUAACUCGCAUCUGCCCAAUUUUUUUGUUCUUUCUUUUUCUUGUUACCUUGUAGGGGGGAACAAGAUUAUCCCCUGUAUUCAUCUUUUGUUAAUUUCCCAUAGUUUUACUGUGAGGAUCACAGCUUGUAAGAAAGUGAGAAAGUGAAAGUAAACAGAUAAUAAAACGGUGAAA